AUGACUCGGAGACGAUCUCGAUCUGAAAAUUAUGAGGAGUCGAUCGCUUUUCAUCGAGGAGUUCAACCGAUAACACUUAUUGAGCAAGAGUGUACACUGGUUUGGAGGUUCCCUAUAGAUAUCUCACAAUCUUCUAUCGGCGGAAGGACGACAUUGUCAAAUGCAUGUACAUUGAUCGCGAUCAAAACAGCCGAACUCAUUCAUAUUCAUGAUAUUGAAAUGCCAGUACCACAAUCUAAAAAUCGUGCAAGUAAACGAGUGAUGGGCGGUGCAGAGAUGAGAGAAAGAACUAAGACUACUGUACUUUCUUCUCAGAACCUUGAAGUAGUGGAUAUUACGAAAGAGUCUGAAACAAAGAGCUGCCCACCAAGAAUUGUCAGUUGUCUUAUAAAUGGAAUUAUUGAUGGAAAUGAAGCUUAUAGAAAAGAUGCAGGCGAGAAUUCUACGAGAAAUUACAAUUUGCCGGAUGCUAUAAAUGCAUGUGAUCUUAGUUUUUCUGAAGUCGACUUCAAAUUAUCCACUGGAUCACUGCAAGAAACUCUACCUAAGCUCAUCAAGCUCGCUGUCCGAAAUCCUCUCUUCCGUUCUGAACGACGUUUAGUUUUCAUAUUGAUUAGUUGUGUUCGCACAGUUUUGAUAGUUUUCGAUCGAUCUCAACAUUCUUUGACACUUUUCGAUGCUCACCAUCAUUUAUAUACUGACAAACGGAAAACGAAAAAACACGGAGCUCUCAUUGGUACUUGUCGUUACAGUAAUCUAAACUCAUUCGCUCAGUGGAUUCAAAAUUUUGUAUUUCCGGAUGUCAAAAAUACAGAAGAGGCAUUUGAGAUUUCAUUAAUUCGAAUAACGGAGGUUGGUACUAACAAAGCUCAAGGCGUAUGUAAAUAUAUAGAAAAUGUGUCUACCCCUUUGCGAACUUCGAUUUUUGAACCUGAGGUUUCUCAGGAAAAUAAAGAAAACCUGAAAGUGUUCGACUAUCCAGUUCUCCGCAGCAUUCUAUCGAAACCUCCACAAAUAGUUGCAAAAAUUGGAGCAAAGCGGCUACUCGAUUCAACAAAUGGAAAAACAAGUGUUGCUUCUGGAAGAAUAAAGAAGCAAACGUAA